UUGUGAAAGUGGUCUAUGCAGCGCUAUGCUCAGCUGUCUUGCAGCAUGCUAGAUCCUGAGGGCAGUGUGGAGCACAGGGCUUCCUCCUCCUCCAGAGUUUUUCUCAUCCUUCUAGCCAUGCUCCUUGCUGUAGCAUUGCUGCUUUGCUUAGCAUUCGCCGCCUCGCAGCAGAAGGAGAACGAUUUUUAUACAUUUAAAGUGGUAAACAUCAGGGGCAAGCUAGUCUCUCUGGAGAAAUACAGAGGCUCGGUAUCUCUUGUCGUCAAUGUUGCAAGUGAGUGCGGAUUUACAGAUAGCCACUACAAAGCUCUACAACAGUUACAGAGAGACCUUGGCUCACAUCAUUUUAAUGUGCUAGCAUUCCCAUGUAAUCAAUUUGGGCAGCAAGAGCCAGACAGUAACAAAGAAAUUGAGAGCUUUGCCCGAAAGACUUAUGGUGCCUCCUUUCCUAUGUUCAGCAAAAUUGCAGUCACAGGUGCUGGUGCUAAUGCUGCCUUCAAAUAUUUAAUUGAAUCCACAGGAGAAGAACCAACCUGGAACUUCUGGAAGUACCUGGUAGCCCCUAAUGGGAAAGUAGUAAAGGCUUGGGACUCAACUGUCACUGUUGAAGAAAUAAAACCUUACAUCACUGAACUUUUGAGGAAAAUCAUCCUGAACCAGAAGGAUGAACUGUGACUUUCAAAAGUCCCAUCAUGUCUAUUAUACCUUGAUUGAUAAUUAGGACUGCAAUUUGACUGUUCACAUUCCAAAAGAGGAAAUAGAGGGACAGGAAAUCAUUAUGACUAAUUGAAGUUUUCCCCAUCAUUCUAAGAAUACAGGAAACAAUAACUGAAUGUGGUAAAAGGUGAUUUAACUUAGGCUUGUGCUAUCGUUCUAAAGUGAUUGAAUUGAAUUUGUGCCUUCUUGGAAAGAAAAUAAUUUGUUUAUCUUACUAUCUCAAAUCAUCAAUUGUUGAUGAUAUUAUGAAGAGCCAGUUAGGAUUUUUUUGGCAGCCAGGCUCAGUUCAGCUAGAAUUUCCUUAGAGAGACCUUACUAGCAACUGCAAUUCAUUUGUCAAGAUUUUGACCAUGAAUUUCAUUUAAAAAUGCAACCCAAAGUAGAAGAGUGCACUUGGCGUAGUGUGGACACAGUUAUAAGGGGCAGGCAAAAAUAGGUUUCCUCAAAGCAGACACACUUAUAAUGAUAUGUGUCUGCUUAGUUAUAAAGGACAGACACUUCACUUUCUCUCUAUUUGUGUUAUGAGUAACUGGGGGAGAAGGGCAUGGGGAGGUCUCUAUAGAACUGAAAUAAAAGACAAAAUUUCCUACAAAAAGAUUCUCCAUAAGUUGUGUGAACUGUCUUUAAAUUCUUUGUUUAAAAAAAGGUUGCUGAGUGACAUUAGUACAGUCUGUGUAAUUAAUUUGAACAUCUAUAGGGCCAGAUUCUCCUCUGGGUAAAUCAAUGUAGCACCAUUAAAAUCAAUGAGUUAAGCUGAUUUAUCCCAGCUGAGAAUCUACCCCUAUUGUUAGGUUUCUUUUUUCAAAAAGUUUUUGUAUUGUGCUUCAUAUUUUGACGUUUUGGGAGAAAGAACAAUACUCAUUUUGAGUCAGAGUUGAGGUGGUUGUGGUUGAGUGAAGAUGGUUUUGAAAUCUGCUUGCACCAUAUGAAUAAUGGGUUUAUUGUGUGGGCAAUAUAAGAUUAAUUAUGUCUUUGAUUAUUCACUUUUAAGUGCUUCGUUUUGAUAAAUGAUGUGAUAGCCAAGUCCUCUAUCACCCAGCAACUUUAAUUAUUUUUUAAAUGUAGCCAAAUGAAAGACAGCAUUUUUAAACUUUUAAAUAAAUGGGAUUGGACAGAUUAUUAAAUUAAAGGAAUGAGUGGUGCUGUCCAAGUUUAAUGGCUUCUGCAGAGCCCUGCCUCAUUCAAAGCACACCUGACAAAGGCACACACAUUUACCAUAUAGCUAAGUUAGCCAAACAUGCUUAGCACAGGCUACCUCCUUCAUUCCAAAUAGUAGUGAAAACUGCUCAGAGAGUUAGAUACUUGUCAGACAAAGGACUAGAAUCCACAUACUUAUGGCACUAAUGCUUACUUCACUAGGGCACAGUGGUUCCAAGCCAAGUUACUGAACCUCUCAAAACCGUAGUUACCCGUUCUAAAAAUACAUGGCUAAUAAUAAUAGUUUGGCCCUGCCUGAGUGCUGGUGUAAUUUAGAGCAGCCUUGGGGGUUACUCUAAUGUUUGAUCUGCUUCCCCAGGUCCCCUAUGGAACCUGGAAAGCAGAGAAUAGCCAUAUAAAUAUAGAAACAUGUUCUCAAUGUACCCGGUUGCAUACACAAAAUAAAUAAAUAAAUGUACCUGGUACUCUUGGCAA